AUGGCUACAAUCAACGCUGAUUUGAAGAAUUUAUUGGAUUUAUCAUUAGACCCUUUCCACGGUACCAUUAAUUUGCAUCACUUGCAUGGCUUGUUAAACAGCAUUAUUAUAAGAUUUAAUCGAUCGCCAGAGCCUCUGGAAAUUGCUACUAGCUACAACAAUGAGAAUUCUCUAGCAGAAGUAGAAACUGGAAGAUCGAUAAGAAGUAAUUAUAUGAAUCAGCAGGGGUUACAAAUCAAGCUCGAAAAGUUACUGCAUCAUAACCAGGUUAUUAAACCUCAAGCGCAAGAAGAAAUCUUCAAGGAUAAUCAAGAGCGCGCUAAAGGUGAACGGAAUCAAAGUAAUAAUGAUACACCUUCGAUCGAAAAUCCAGCUGAUUCGUCGAACCCAGAAAUUCCUACGCAGAAUCAUCAAAGCUCUAAUCGAGCAACUCCAUCGAUCACAAAUGAAGGAGAUAAGAAUUCAUUUCAGGAUGAAGAAAAUCCAACCACCUCUCCAACUUUAGAUGGCUUAACAGAUAACAAGGAGAUCUCACAAUCACAACUUCAGAAACUUCCAGAAAUUACUAGGAGCAGAGCGGUAUCGUCUGUUUCUGAUCUAUGGAAAAAUAAUAACUUAUCGAAGCGCAUUGGUGCGGCCGAAGAAACAUUAGAAGCACUAUCGUCAAUUCUAGAUGGAGUAGUGAAAGAAUUAGAUGCAUUGUCAACUGACUGGGCGAAUGCGUUUAGCAAAGAAAUAGACAGCAAACUGUCAUUGAUCGAUAAGGAUUUAGACGUCAAAAUAGGUUUUAUUCAACAGUCACUUCAUACUUUAGGUGAAAAAGUCCAGGAAUUAGCUUGUUCUAAAGGAUCAAAGGUAGAUAAUCGAAUUAAUACUUUGGAUGAGGAAGUUAAUAAUGUUAGGACUAUCGCGUUUAAUCUCAAACAAAAAAUGAAUAAGUUACCAUCGGAGGCAACUUUCGAUUCUUACGUUACUCGUCCAGUCUUUUAUGAUGGUUUAAAAACGAUGAAGGAUUCGAUACUUGGUGAGCUAGAAGGGAGACUUCGCAAUUUAAAUCAGUUACUCCUUAAUCAAAAUCAAGCUUACCAGGGCAAAAAUGAGUUGGCAAUUACUGCUGACGGUAGAAGACGUAGUAUUUUCGAUGCAGAUGAUGACCCCAAUCGGCGAGAUUCUUCUUAUGGCUACCGGGCAAGAUCGCUAACAGCUCAUCAAGAUCUUAAAAACGAUAGAUUAAAUCAUAACGAAUUUGAGCGCUUUCGCGAAACAGUUAAUAAUAAGUUGAAAGAAAUUGAUGGUAUUUUAAUCAAUAGCGAUGAUAUGUUAGAUGAACUUAGAAAGCGAGUAGGUACUUAUGCUGAUAAUGUGGAGGAUGCACAAAAGGAUAUUCAACUCUUAAAGGAAAGGAAAGUUGAUAGAUUAGAGUUGAAAAAACUUAAAGAUACCAUAAAUCAAAGCGAGAUGUCUGAAAAAUUGCUUCAGCAAGUGCGUCAACUCGAAGACAUAAGUCAAGAAAUUAGGGAUUCGAUUAAAAAGACAAAUGACGAUAUUGAUAUUCUACAGCGACAAUCGCAUCGACUUCUAACCGAACAGAACAAGCAUGCUGUCAAUAUUAGACAAAUCUUAGAUAGCGAUGAUAAAUUAAAGCUUGAUAUCGUAGAGUUAUUUGAAGCUGCUGAUAGAUUAUCACAAGGUAAAGUAGAUAAGGAUGAUUUGGGCACAGAAGUAGGGAAGAUUGAUGAACAGAAAGCCGAUAAAGAAGAAAUUAAGGAUAAGGUUAAUAUGAGUGAUUUGAAUACAGUGCGACUCCGAAUCGAAGCUAAAAUUACUGAAACUAUAUCGAAGUUGGAUAAAAAUGGCUUAGCGGUAAAAGAUGCGGUAGGACAAUUAGAGGGUUUGGCUACAGCGGUUGGAAAAAAAUUAGAUAAAACGUCUAUUUCGAACUUACGAAAAUAUUUAGAAAAGUAUGUUAAAAAGGUAACACAGACUCAUACUGGGGAUAAAAGCGAUAAGGAAAGUCUUAACGUGGCAGAAUUAGCAGCAGGAUUACGCAAAAUUGUACCAUCAUUACCUUUGCAACAGCCUUUACCGUUAAGAUCCUCUAGCCGUGCAGAUUCACCAAUAAAAGUAGAAGCAGUUCGAUUUCAUCAAAAACAUGUUGUUGGCAUGUAUGAUAUACCAUCACUGCGCAGCUGCGGCGGUAGUCAUACUAUUACUUUUCCGCAUAAUAGACGAGGCAUUGCACGCAAGGAAAUGGGUAACAGUCUCGAACCAAGACUUAAAUCUGUAGAAAUACUAACUGAUUCUUAUAGAAGUUCUACAGCGGAGGCUUCUAUUGCAUCUCCCAGCCCAAUGCCUAAAUUGGAAAGCAGUUCGGCGCACCAGCUUCACCGACGAAGUCUUAGUAGUCCUGCCGAUUCAGGACUUUUCAACCCACUUCAAUCCAAUCACGUACUAGAUGGUCCCGUUGGGACUGCCGCUAAGGAGUAAUACCGUGCUUUGCAUGCAGCACAGUGCGGAAGACUGUGCCGUACGUAGUAGAUUGAUAUUAAAGUUUAAGGUUUAAAGC